GUCGUAAGGGAAGCCUAGUCGAACUGAUUUGUCCCUCUCCGCUCUCCGUCUGAAAACCUUGGCCGAAAGGGUUGUAGACAUGGCGGCCAUCAGGAUGGGAAAACUGACAACCAUGCCUGCAGGUCUGAUAUAUGCAUCUGUAAGUGUACAUGCAGCCAAAGAAGAGGAAUCCAAAAAGCAGCUAGUGAAACCAGAGCAGCUCCCCAUAUAUACUGCACCACCGCUCCAGUCUAAAUAUGUUGAAGAGCAGCCUGGUCAUUUACAAAUGGGCUUUGCUUCCAUCCGCACUGCAACCGGUUGUUAUAUUGGCUGGUGCAAGGGUGUUUAUGUCUUUGUGAAAAAUGGGAUAAUGGAUACAGUACAAUUUGGAAAAGAUGCUUAUGUCUAUAUGAAGAAUCCUCCUCGAGAUUUUCUUCCGAAAAUGGGAGUUAUUACAGUUUCAGGAUUGGCGGGCUUGGUUUCAGCGAGAAAAGGUUCCAAGUUUAAGAAAAUUACUUAUCCUCUGGGACUGGCCACUUUAGGAGCAACUGUUUGCUACCCAGUUCAGUCCGUAAUAAUUGCUAAGGUAACAGCAAAAAAGAUAUAUGCUACAAGCCAGCAAAUUUUUGGAGCAGUUAAAUCAUUGUGGACAAAAAGCAGCAAAGAAGAGUCACUCCCUAAACCUAAAGAAAAAACUAAGCUAGGAUCCUCUUCCGAAAUAGAAGUACCUGCAAAAACAACUCACGUCUUGAAACACUCAGUGCCCUUGCCAACAGAACUCAGCUCUGAAGCAAAGACCAAAUCAGAAUCCACCUCAGGUGGAACACAGUUUAUGCCUGACCCCAAGCUCAUGGAUCACGGGCAGUCCCACCCAGAAGAUAUAGAUAUGUACAGCACUAGAAGCUGAAGCAGACUGCAUGCAGAGACUACACAGAAAACUACAAGAUGUGUGACGUUGCAAAUAAUGAUGAAAAAAAAUCAUGUAAUGGGUAACUGAUACGUAGAGUAUUACCUAAACCAAGUUUCUCCCUUACAUCUCCAAAUGUGCAAUUUGAUAAAUUACAUAAGUGGUUAACACACAAACUGUGAAUGCAAUGUAAACAAUAUUAAAUGAUUGAUGAGGAGACUUAGGUAGAAGUAUUAGCUUGCAUUUGAUGACCUUUAAGGGCACUUAAAAAAAAAAUGAAGACAUGAAUUCUAGUGAGAUUAAAAUCUAAAAAUACAUAUAUAUACAUAUAUGUAUAAAGACACACAUAUUUAUACAUAUAAACAUAUAUUUCUGCUCUAGCUUUCCCAGAUUAAUGCCAACUAAAUUAGAAUGGUGUAUGGAAAGGUGUGUUUCCCUCUGUGUUUUUUUUCCAUUUCCUAGUGCUGGAAUAAAAUAUCCAUGUUUUAUGGGACUUGAGCUUGGCUUUGUCCCUUGGUUUUGUUAAUGUUAAUUCCUCUUAAAUAUCUAAAAACAUCUCUACCUAUUUGAGGGGGCAUAUGCUACACAGGCUUCCUAAUACUGCUUAGCAAUCCUUCUACUGGUUCCUAGGUGGUUUACUAUUGUGUUCCCUGGAAGAGGUAUUACAAACGUUUUAUUCUCCUCAAGCCUCUUAUAACUGUCAAAGUUGACUGUGCCUCCUAUUUCAUAGAGAAAAAAGUAAAUUAUUAGAUAUGACCAUUCCCAAAACUUCUUCCCAUCUACCUUCAAGACUCACCUCUUUUCAGCCAUGCAUCCCCCUUUUCUAAGACAUGCUUCUCUUUGUGUUCUUGACCUAUUUCCUUCCCAUCUAAGACCAUAUUCCACCCUGUUUAAUUUCUAGUCUUUGGUUUCUCUUUUUACUAGUUUCUUUCCUCCACCUCUACAUAGCUGCAGGUCUUCUCUGUCUUAAAUAAACAAUAACAGAACAAGACAAAAACCUUUCCUUAACUCGGCCUCUUCCCUUGAACUGUUUUUUCUCUCUCCUUCCUAUAAUUGUUAUACUUCUUUAAAAAGUAAUUGUUACUUUUUGACAAAAGUAAAUAUUGUCCCUUUUUUCCCUACUUUCAAGUCCUCUCUAUCUUGUGACAUUCUGGCAUCCAUACCUGCUUAAUUUUUUUUGAGAUGAGGUCUUGCUCUGUUGCCCAGGCUGGAGUGCAGUGGCACAAACACAGCUCACUGCAACCUCCACCUCCCAGGAUCAAGCAAUCCUCCCAUCUCACCCUCCCAAGUAGCUGGGACUAUAGGCACCCGCCACCAUAUACAAAAUACACCAAAUACACCAAAUACACAAAUACACCAAAUACACAAAAUACCACCAAAUACAAAAAAUACUAAUUUUUUGUAUUUUUGGUAGUGACAGGGUUUCACCAUGUUGUCUAGGCUGGUCUCGAACUUCUGAGCUCAAGCAUCUGUCCGACUCAGCCUCCCACAGUGUUGGGAUUACAGGCGUGAGCCACCGCACCCAGCCCCUACUUGAAUUUUUAUGUCAUUAUUGACUCCUCACUACUCUCUCCUUGAAACUCACUUAUCCCUUUGCUUUCUAUUUUUCCUGCUUUUGUUAUUCUUCAUUUUUCUUCUCUUGGUCUGAAUCCCUUAAAUGCUGAGGCUGCUCAAGUUUCAUCCCUAGUCCUAUUUUCUCAUUCUAUAUGCACUCUCAUUUUUCAUUUAACAGACUUCACUGGCUUCAGGCACCAUUUGUUUUAUUAUUCAUAUUUUCAACCCCCAUAUCUCUCUAGUGCUGUAGACCUUUAUUUCUACUUACUAGUUAUAUUCACCUAACAUCCCAUAGAUAUGCCAGUGUCAAUGUGCCUGAAACAAAAUUGUCUCUACCUCCCGCUCCUUCAAAUCUAUUCUGUCUUCUCUAAUCCUAUAAUUACUCUCCCUCAAGUCAUCGUCAUCACUUUUCUGGGUUACUGUAAUAGCCUUCAGGCCAAUUUGCUCACUGUCAGUCUUGCUGUCUCUCAUUUCAGAGUAUGUUCUGCUUGCAGGUGACAGUAAACUAGUUAAACAAAUAUUUAAUAUUAGCUUAAGCAAAAAAAAAAAAAAAAAAAAAAAAAGGCCUGUCCUAUUUAUAGCCUAGAAUUAGGCAGUAUAGGGUUGGGACAGUGGCUCAUUGGUGCUAUCAAAGACGUAGACUUUUUCUCUUUCCACUCUGUCCUCUACAGCAUGCUGGUUUGUCACCUCAUGGUCACAAGAUGUCUGCUGUACCUCCAGGGAGCAGAUACACAUUCAAAGUAGGAAAUAGCAGAUAAAAAUUUACACAAGAUGCGUCUGACUCCCUUUUAUCAGAAAAGUAAAUGCUUUCUUAGAAUCUCCUCAGAAGACCUCUGUGUAUAUCACAACCAGUACUUGUCAUGUAGCCACACACUUAGCUCAAGGAAGAUAGGGAAUAGAGAAAUCAUGUUUCUUAUCCCCUGUGGUGAGGAAGGCAAGGGGUAAGGGGUUGGGAACAGGUGCUGAAUUAAAGCUAACAUACAGUAUCUGCUACCCUAUUCUUCUAACCCAUUUGUCUAUUAUGACAUAGUUGUCUUCCUGACAACUAUAAUGAAUAGUUGUCUUUCUGAAAUCUUUAGUGGCUCAUCAUUGCCCACAGAAUCAAAACCCCUUAGUUUGAUAUACAAGGCCCUUCAUAUCUGAUUCCAGCUUACCUUCUAAUCCUAUCUUCCCUCUCCUUACCCACCCUACUGCUGAUGUGUAUUAUAUUGUCUUUAUGACAUACCAUUUGUUUCUUGAACAUGCUUUGCUCAUUAUUGCCUCUUUCUCUGCCUGUGCUAGUGUGUCCUCUUAGAAUGUUCUUCCAUCUUAUCCUGCUCUACAUUCUAUCUUCUACCCAUCCUACAAGUCCAAUUCCAGUGUCGUGUUCCCUUUCUCAAUCCUCCAGGGUAGAAUUUAGAUGUUACCUCUUUUAGAGAUAGGUCUUGCUAUGUUGCCCAGGCUGGUCUCAAACUCAUGGCCUCAAGCGAUCCUCCCACCUCAGCCAACCAGACGUGAGUGACUGUGCUCAGCCUUUUUUAAAAAAAUGAAGGUAUUUGAUAUGGCCGGGUAUGGUGGCUCACACCUAUAAUCCCAGCACUUUGGGAGGCCAAGGUGGGUGAAUCACCUGAGGUCAGGAGUUCGAGACCAGCCUGACCAACAUAGUGAAACCCUGUCUCUACUAAAAACACACACAAAAAGUACAAAAUUAGCUAGGCGUGUUGGCUCAUGCCUGUAAUUCCAGCUACUUGGGAGGCUGAGGCAGGAGAAUCACUUGAACCCGGGAGGUGGAGGCUGCAGUGAGCCGAGAUCGUGCCAUUGCACUUCAGCCUGGGCACAAGAACAAAACUCAAUCUCAAAAAAUAAAUAAUAAAAAAUAAAGGUAUAUAAUAUGUCUUAGAUUUGAUGAAAUAUGAGUGUGUGUGAGAUCUGAUCCAAGGUUUUAAAAAAUUCAUUUCAAAUACUGGAGAUAAAUUCUGAGGAGCUUACUUAUGAAAAACUAGCAAGUGAUAGCUGGUAUUUACAGAUACGGUACUUUACACAAUUUAUGUAAUUAAUAUUUUCUCUCAGACAAGGUUCCUUGUGGAUAUCACUGAAUAAUUUUUGUGUAGUUUCUAUGCCCAUGAAGUGCCUGGUAGGUAGUAGGAACUCACAUGUUCUGCUAUGCUGGUUGCAGCACAGGCACAAAAGUUAGAAUUAUUUCAAAGGACUUAUACUCUACUAGGAAAGAGAGAAACAUAGAAGUAUAGUGUUGUAUGUGGUAUCUUCCCUAAGAUAAGUACAACCAAAGAGCUAUGGAUGUUCAGAGAUAGAAUGUAGUACUGGGAUGAUGUCAAGGAGGCAGUGGUACUUAAGCUGCUCAAGGUAGGGAAGCAGUUUACUUGCUAGUUUUUCAUAAGUAAGCUCUUCAGAAUUUAUCUCCAGUAUUUGAAAUGAAUUUUUUAAACCUCAGAUCUGAAUAUAUUCAAACACCCAUAUUUCAUCAAAUCUAAGGCAUAUCAUAUACCUUUAAUUUAAAAAAAAAAUGCUGAGCAGAGUUGCUUAUGUCUGGGAGGCUGAAGUGGGAGGAUUGCUUGAGGCCAAAAGUUUGAGACCAGCCUGAGCAACAUAGCAAGAUCCUGCCUCUAAAAACAAACAAACAAAAAAUGCUGCCAGUUGAUCAUUACAUUUAUCCCAACAUCAGAUAUGUCAAAUUGUGAAAAAAGAAGCAUCUUAAUUUUGAUGAAAUAUGGUAGGUAAAAAAUAGCGCAAAGCUAAGUAUAAGUGACUUUUAAAUUAUCUGCUCUUUUGGAUUAUCACUACUGCUACUAGCCAUUAGAAUACUGGUUUGGAUAAUGGAAAGUUGACUAGAGCUACAAAAUCUGUUUCAAAAUAAAAGAUCUGCUCAAACAAGAAUGUGAUGAUCACUUGCUGUAUUGUACAACAAAGUCAAACUGCUGUUAGACUCAGGUGACAGUCAAAUGUUGGAGGCUGUGUUGGGAUGAGUUGUUACAAGGCCUCUUUCAUUCUUCCCAUGCCAUGUCCAGGAGUUCUUCUCUGUUAAACCUGAAGAGAUGCCAGCCCUCCUCAGAGGAAAGGUCUAAAGCCCCUCGACUAGUAUAGUAGUUGAUAGAAGCUUGGUUCCAAAUGACGACAAGAAAGCGCAUGCAGUUACAUUGAGUUGUGAUGGCUAUCUGUUUAAAAACAAACAAGCAAAUAUUACUUUCAUUUGAAAGUAUAAUCUUCAUUAACACAUACAUUUUAUUGAAGGUCUACUCUAUGCAAGACACUAUGUGUGAAUAAUACUUCCAAAUAUAGUAGUUACCUUUUGAACUUUUCUAUAGCUGUAAAAAGAAAAAAGUCACUGUUCUGAGCUUUAAAGCCCUCUUUAAAAUCCCAAAACUGAUUUGCAAAGCCUUUAUCGUACAGAAAAGGUGUACCUAAAAGAACACAUGUUCUCAUAUGUUUCCAAAAUACAAGAAGAUCUUGCUUUUAUAGUCUUGUAAUAUUCAUACUGUGAGCCUGUUUUUUUGAAUAAAAAUGCUUUCUAAUCUCCCUCCUCCUUACUUUCACUUGAUAGCAAAAGGGGUGUAUAGUGUGGUUGUGGAUUAUAUAUAAAUCAAUUUUAAUUGACUAUAACUCAUAUACUCUAUAUGAUCAUCUGAUUUGAAAAUCCAGUUUAAUUUGGGUAGAAAUUUGAAGUAUAUGUUGGGGUUAUGUUCAAAUGGUGAGAUUAAUGAUUUAAUUUAUGCCCUGUGAAUAUUUAUUGAAGAAAAGGUUAAUGUAUAGAAUAUCAAUACUAAUUGUAAUACAUACCUGACUUAGCCUCUUCAGCAUUUCAGCUCCAAUACCUAGGCCUUUUAAAUAGACAAUGCAAAAUGAAAACUGCAAAUUUCACUUAACUAGUUAUUUGCUUUAGUUUAAAAUAAAUAAUAUCUAAAAUUCUG